AUGGAUGGAUCAAUGCCGAUCAGCUCAAAGCGCGUGGCGAGUUCUUUAAAAAGACAGGUUAUGGAUAAUCAUUCGUACUCUCAAAAAGGUGUACUGAGAGGGUUGCAUUACCAGCUGAAUCCACAUGCUCAGGGCAAAUUGGUACGUGUAGUACAAGGCCGUGCUUGGGAUGUGGCUGUUGAUAUUCGCCAAGGUUCUCCUACAUUUGGUCAAUGGGUCGGUGUAGAACUUACUGAACAGCGUGCAGCUAUGCAUUGGGCGCUUCGUUUACCGAAGCAUGAUGAACAGCAUCCUAAAUUAGCAGGCAAAGUACAUGAGCAAUUAGAGCGAAUGUAUGCAUUGGUUGAGAAAAUUCAUGCGGGUCAGUACCGUGGUGCAACAGGUGAAGUUAUACAAGAUGUGGUCAAUAUUGGUGUGGGUGGGUCUGAUUUAGGCCCAUUGAUGCUUGAAAUGGAAUCGAAUGGUAAAUCCAUUCAGCGUAACGGAAAGAAAGUUGAGCUAAACACUUGUCCAAUUGUUUGGGGAGAAGUUGGUCCGAAUGCACAGCAUGCUUUUUAUCAGCUGUUGCACCAAGGUGCGCAUAAA